AUGAUGCCAGACUCCCCAAUUUCAGUCACUCACGGCCGAAACGAACUGCUAGAAGCAGUCGCAAACCUCAACGGCCGUGUCUUUGACAAUGACCCCGUCAUCACGUACAUGCUGUUUGACAUGCCCCGAGAGGAGAGGCUCGCAUACCUCCCAAAAUACUGGGCGACGCUGAUCAAGUCGGCCCUACUCAAUGAUGCUGUGAUCACCGAGGCCGAGGGGUGCAAAGCAGCUUCUGUGACCAUCCCACCCGGGCGGUACAUUGAUAAUGUCUGGUCACUGCUGUCCGCUGGAUUUUUGGCUGUCCUGUGGAGGAUCGGUUACUCCGGUCUCAUGCGGCUCUGGACUGAGUUCUCUGGUUUGUCCGAUCAUGCCAAGCGGAAGGGCCUGCGUGGUCAAAAGCGUUAUUACUAUAUUUUUAGUAUUGGGACUGAAUAUGAGCAUCGAGGGAAGGGGCUUGCAAAGGCUAUCGUGCGCGAUGUCCAGCUGACUGCCAAAAGGGAACAUAUGCCAAUUUGGCUUGAGGCGACAACCCCCAACUCCCGUAACCUGUACCUGUCAUUGGGCUUCGAGGAAGUUGAGGUCAUUGUCCUCGGAAAGGGCAAGGUGGCUGCUGACGCUAGUAUUCAACCAGGCGGCCCGGGCAUUCCGUUAUGGGCAAUGGUAUGGUGGCCAGAAGUGAGCUAG